AUGAAUUAUUCCAACAAACAGCACUCAAACGACAGACCUAGACUACCUAUUUAUCUCAAUUUGCGAGAUUCGCCCCAAAAUAUGAACCAGGAGAGUAUUUUUGCGCGUCUAGCCAAAAAGCAUAAAAAAAAGCCUGAGGUUCCUGUUGUGAGCUUAGACGAUGAUGAGAGCAGCAUUCAAGGUAGUGUUGAAAACAGAGAAGUAAAUACAGAAGAGACAGUAGUUUCCACGGAGGAAGAUGAGAUUUAUAUAAUUAGUGAUACAGAAGACGGAGAAAUAUGUGAUACAGGAAAGGCAUCAAAUGAUUCUGAGAUGUCCAGAAAUACCUCAAUGGAUAAUUUAGCUGACGCUGAUCAACCAAUGUCAUUAAGUGAUGGAGAUUCUUCAAGUAGUUCGGAACUAGAGGUUAUAGAGCUAACUGACUCAGACGAUGAAAGCACAGACGAAGUGUUAGUUGUCAAAGAAGUGGUAUCACCACAAGGAGAUAUGACAUCAGCGAGAAAAACAAAUUUGAAUAAGUAUUGUGAACCUUCUUUGGAUACGGGAUUUUCUAGAGGUUGUUAUAAAGAUUUCAAAGUACACCCGCGACUGUGGCGGAUUGCUCAGGAUUUACCUGUUGAUAUUGAUUCAUCUGUGAUAAAGAUAUGCUCUUAUAAUGUUCUCUGUCAGUUGACGAUCGAAACAACGCGGCAUCUCUACAAGCAUGCUCGAAAUACUCCUGAUGUCAUGAAAUGGAAGAACAGAUGGCAACUUAUGCAAAAAGAAAUUGAGCGUAUUGACGCAGACGUUUUUUGCUUCCAAGAGGUUCAGUACGAUCACUUCAGUUCCCACUUCAAUCCUCUGUUAGCAGGCUGUGGCUAUGGAGGAUUUUACAAAAGAAAAACAGGAGAAUGUGUCGAUGGUUGUGCCAUAUUUUAUAAGAAGUCCGUUUUCAAGUCUAUCAAAUAUCGUGUCGUUGAAUAUUUUGUCAAAGACAAUAGUGAAAUGGACAGACCUCAAAUAGCACAAAUAUUGCGGUUACGAUGUCUCAAAAAUGGCCAAGACGUAAUUAUCGCGAAUACUCACAUUCUUUUCAACAAUCAAAGAGGAGAUAUCAAGAUCGGUCAGCUUGCGCUUUUGUUCGCAAACAUCCAUGACGAAAUGAGAAAUGGGGAAGCACCUUUGAUUCUCAUGGGUGAUUUCAAUAUGGAAGCAUAUUCAUAUGUGUAUCGUUUCAUCACGGAGGCAUCUCUUUUCCUGAAAGGACUUCCGAGAAACGAGCUCUCCGGACAAGGUAAAACUGGAGGACCUACUGUAGAUGCAGAUUACAUCUUACCCAAGGAAUGUCAAGUACUGAGAGAUUGUAUGUACAAAGAUGAUGGAAAUAGAGAUAUUCCGAAAGAUACAUUCACACAUCCUCUACAGUUGGCUUCGGUGUACAAUCAUGUGAACAGCAAUAACUUGAAGGAUGUGUCAACUGCUCAUAUUGAAAAUGCUAAUCCGGAUUUCAUUUUCUACACCAUCAAAAGAAAAGUCCGAGUUGGUAAUACUUGUCAAGUUUACGAAGAUACACGAUUACGGUUACUGAAAUACCUUACAUUACCUGAUGCUGAUGUCAUCCAAAACACAUUAGGGCCAUGGCCCAACAAGCAUGUCCCUUCUGAUCACAUUCCCGUCAUAGCCGAAUUUUUAUUGUCUUACACGAAGUGA